AUGCAAAUACGUGACAACUUGGGACCACUUGGUCAAAAUAAUAAUUCUGAAGAUCAAGGUGAAUUGUUGCAACUUACCGUUGAUUCUACACAAGGAAAUUCGAGCAUUUCGCCUGUUGCGAGUGAUCCAUCAGAUCAUCAUCCAUCAUUGCCAGACAAUCCUCAUGUUUCUCCAAGUCAAGAAAGUACUAUUUAUCAGCAAAUUCCGAGUCAAAUCGUGAAUAUCGAUGCACCAUCUCAUUCUUCCAGUGACAAGUUAUUGGCGGAUCUCACCAGAGAAGAUGAGACUUUGAAUUCUCAGAAGCAGAUUGCACUCGAAAAUAAUCCUUACUCUGACGAAAAUGGUUCCUCUUACAAGUAUGAAAAUUUUUCCGAGGCGACAUCUAAUCCUAGCCAACUUAGUAGUGACUUGGAUAUUUUUGCCGAGGAUGACGUGAGUGAAAGACAUCAUAUGAAUGCAAACAAUUUUUCAGAAGAAAUUGAAGACAAAGAGGACAACUCGGAGCAAUUUCUAGAUGAUUUUUUGGAAGUACCAAAAGUCGUUACUAUUGAUUCUCGCGAGAUUAUUAGCAAUAAAGGGCGUUGUGAUGAAAAUAAAAGUGGUUUCGAGAGGUCAAAGAACGAUCCUAAAAGGCAUAUUGCUGCGGCCAUUCUUGAUCAUAGAAGUAAGCUCAUUACUCCAGAUACCAGUUUCAAAUAUGGAGAAGACCUCGCCGAAUACAUACCUGGAUUUUAUCGCUUGUUAGACUUACGCAAAGAUGAUGGAUCUAAUGGACUGGUCGAUAAAAUUAUCAUCUCGAAAGAUUCUUUAAAAAAACUUUGUAAUGAUAUGAUUCCUUAUAGCUUCAGUUCAAUCUCAGAAAUCGAUUACAACCGCCUGAAUGCGCUUUCAUUCCGUCUUAUUGGGUGUUACGGUAAUCACCUGAUGAUCGCCAAGCUCUUGUUGAACAAAAACGUGAUCAAUGAACAGCUUUUUGAUCUUCUAACCUCGGCAGAAAAAACUUAUGAGAAUAGAAACAAAUCAAACCUCCGACCCGGAAUUUAUUUGUCUAUUGUGAAUCGGGAUGUGGGACUAGUGAUUCAUUGGCCAGAGCAAGGAUGCUACGAAGAAAAUGCACCAUCUCAACGUAAAAAAAACAUGAUUAAUUUGCAUAGAUAUCUUACAAAGCUGACCGACGAACAACUUUGUCUCAUGAGCGAUAAAGAUCUGGAAUAUUUCGAGUACUUCGAAUUUGAGGUCAAGAAAAGUCAAGAGGAGCAAGAGGAUUUCAAGUUAGCCAAAGGAUUCGAGGUCAGCUUACCGCAUGAUGCAAACGAGAAUGCUAUAGAAAACAAAAAUAGAACACAAUUAAGUCCAAUGAUCGUAGAAUCGGUUCAUCACCAAGCAUACAUCACCCGCAGCAUCAUUACUUCCUCGGUUUCUAUGACAAAAUAUACUUCUCAUUAUCAUGGUCCUUUGCAUUUCAAAAAUGAUCUAGGUAAUAAACUUAAAGGAAGGUCUUUAAAGAUUUAUAGAACAAUGGAUAUAAAAGGCCUGAAACUUCUCGUUAAAAAUGGUCUGGGAUUGGAAAAUGAGCUUCUCGGUCCUUUGGAUUCUGCCAUCGAAAAAGCAAAAAUGCUGAUAGAUUCAAAACAAGAGCUUGAAAUGAAGAACAUAAAAAAGGACGCCGAGUUAGUCGGAGAGAUUGCAAGAAAAAUGUUACAAAAAUAUUAUCCGGAAUUCGAAGAAAAAUUAAAGGCGAAUGAUUCCUCAAGCUCACUGGAAGUAGAUGAGUUGCUGAAGCAACUCGAUGAGAAAUAUCAAGGAAUCUCAAUUAAAAUUAAUAAUGCAAUGCACAUCAGUUCUGAGUCUUGGAAAAAGCUGAAAAUUCGAUAUUUCCUUACAGCACUGAUAAUCAAAAAGGUGUUUUCAUCUAAGAAGAAUGAAAACUUGAAGGAGUUCAAGGGGCCUGCGCUUGAAGCUUUCUACGGGAUGCUUGUCGAUAAAGAGGAUGAUCCUCACUCAUUAGUAAAAAAGUACACUGAAAAAGCAACACAGUCUGGAUUUUUUGGCUAUCUAUUUCAAUUCGUGAAAGAUACAAUAAAAUGGGAUUAUAGCGAGGUCAAUUUAUUAUAUAACAAUGCAAUAACUUACGCCAACGGCAAAGAGGAUCACGAGUUCAUCAAAACAAUUCGACAGACGAGUUCCUUUGACGCAUCUAAUGAUAUUAGACAAAAAAUUAUUGACGAGUUCUUUGAGGAAUAUCAAAAGUGGAGAAAAAAUAUGUUCGAUAGUAAUGUUAAAAGGAUUGCUCCAAAGUAUUCUGAUAAAAUCACGGAAUUAAAAAAAAAAUAUGAUGAAGAGUUUUUGAUGGAAAGUAGAAAGAUCGAAGAACAGGAAUUUGAAAGGAUUUGCCUAGAAAUCGAGAAAAGAUUUGCAACAGGACGUAUAUUCCGAAUAAUUGAUGUGACAGAGGGUGUAUACUCAAGCGGGUUCCGAGUAACGUAUGAAUUGGAGACAACAAAGCCUGAUCAGCUACGGAUCACUAUUUAUGAAACAUCAUGGGACCAGUCGGACAACUUUCGAUUACAGGAAGACGAAUAUCACGUUCCCAAGCCUACAUUAUCUGAUUCUCGUGGGAACGCUGGGAUUUCUUUUUAUGUUGAUCCUGAGAUAUAUGACUUUAGGAAAAUAGCUCGUUUUGAGGAUGAAAAAUAUUUUGUUAUUCUAUGGAAUAAAAAGGAAAAUAAAACAGAAAUAUUCUUCGAUAAGGCCCCAAAACUCGCCACGUCUAUUCAACCAUGUUCAAAAAAAUGCCUUAUAACGCUCCGUACCGAAGAAUUUUGUCUGUUUGCAGUUAAUGAAUCAAAAGGAUUACUUGGCAUUUUUAACACGGAGACUGGUGUGCUGGAUGUUUUUGCAUUCGAUGAAGAACGAAAAAAUAUCUUUCAUCGUAACAACAAAGUUCAAAUUUUGCAGUGGUAUAAUAAUGUGGUUCCCGAUAUCCAGCAUUUCUUUUUCAUCAAAGAUACCGAGGAAAUAUGUUUUGUUGAGGUGGGAGGACGAGCUAGACUAUAUAACCUCGUAAAUGGGCAAUUUCGACCUAGCGAAGGGAAAAUUCCGGAAAAUGCUAGCACAGUUUUAAGUACUCCCGAUGGAGCCUGUAUUGUGGCGUUUGUCCGGGAAAGCAUGAGAGAAGUUGACCACCACACUUUAAGUGAUAGCAUCGAUAACGAUUUGAGUAGUGAUGCCGACGGUGACUCAAUUCCCGAGAAAAGUGUUAAAGAAAUAGAAGUAUGUCGUGCGCAUGUUUAUUUCUGCUCGAAUUUCGGACAACCGGCGAGUAAAAUUAUUGAAUUGCCUUCCGACCUGAAUCUCGAAUGUCUACAAUUUUCACAAUUGUGCAAGCGUCAGAUGCACUUGAUGUCGCUUGACCUGGAAAAACGUAUGUUCCAUUCAUUAAUAGUUAAGAUUACAAUAGAAAAGACACAAUAUAGAUUUCAACAAAGGUCGCAAAGAAAACCUCUUGGUCAAGUUAAACUCGCAUCUCCCACGCGGAAUAAAGACUAUUCGAUCAUCCAAGGAAACCGCACGCACUUUGAGCGGGAUGUGGAUGUUGGAGAGAACAUUAUUUUAUUAGGAGAAAGAUAUCGCGUCGUAGAAAUUCUUUCUGACACGAUGCUAAAGAUUUCCGGUAGUUUUCGACCUGGCUCAGGGUAUGAAUGGGUAGAUUUUCGUAUCGAACCCAAGACUAAGCUUAACGGAUACAUUGAUGCAUACAAGUUGAUGUUCGAGAAAUAUCCUAUUGAUGGAUGCAUAGAUUCCGAGCAAACCAAGCCGUUGAGUUUGAGAGUUCUUCUGGAUGUAUCGGAUGAUGAUGAAAUAGACGAUUAUCAGGAUAAAUUUGAGGAAUAUAUAAACGAUAUGUUUGAAGAGGUAAAGCGGACCACACGAAAACCAGCAUCAAUGCUCAAAAAAUUUGUAACAGCCGUCGAAUUAUUCCGUAAUUUUGAUAUCGAAGAUUUCAAGUCCCUAAGAAAGAACUCGUCUGAAUUUCAAUUCGGAGAGUGGAUUAUUCAACUUUCGUGUCUUAUCCCCAUUCAGAUUGCAGUCGCACGAAACAACCAGUUUCAUCCUCUCCAUGAUGGCCUGUCAUCAACCGAACUAGAUCAUUUUGACGGUUCUGAGGAUUACGGUCAUCACGCUAAACUUUGCAUUAUAAUCAAGGAUGUUCCACCGAACGACAAGGAGGACAUUGUUAGAGAAUUUACACUGAGAUUUAAUUCUCUGGUUGCCGAGGAAGGAGAAGAUAACUUUAUAUCGAAAAUGUAUCCGAGUGGAUUGACAAUACUUCCAUGGGCAUUAUUUUCUGACCCCGGAUGGUAUGAGCAUAUCUACGUACUAUAUUUGUACAGAAAUCUGAAGGAUGUGAAAAAGAUGUUAGACAAACAGGAAGCCCGUUAUGAAAACGCUCGUACAUUUUUGCAAAACAUCAAGGUCAUCAUGGCCAAGUUGAGAAUCUGCGAUUGGAGUUCUUUGGAUGAAAACUUGGUGCAGAUACGUAUCUCAAUGCUUAGGAGAGUUCUCCAAACAGCAGUGUCUCUGGGAAUAGAGCAAAAAGAACCAGUAAAAGAACCAUUGAUGAAUCGAGAUACAGGCCUCGAAAUCGAAGACAUCACACCCAAGAUAUCCGAAAUUUUUGAAGGUUAUAAUGGAUCUGCCACACUUCCUGCUGAUUCAGAUAUGCUACUUUUUGAGGAAAAUCCCGACUUUCUUCGCCUUUCCAGAGAUUUGAGGGCAUACUUUGAAGAACACAUUCAAUCUCGCGAGGAUGUCACUGAAGAUUCUGAAUGGUUUGCAAUUUUAGAAAGAUACUUCAAAUAUAUAAUUGAAAGAAGAAUCUUUCGCGUGCAAGAAUGGUUUUCGCAAAACACCAUCAAGUUCCCACAGGAUAAUAGUGAUGUUGUUAUUGGAGGUUAUGCAUUGGAACAGGAAAUUGGAAAACUUUCGCUUUUCUGGACAUUAUGCGGGCUCACUUGCCACGAGUGUAACUUAAAAUGCUUGAAAAAUCGAGAUCAUGCCGAUGGUCAACACGAUUGCUUAACCGACCACGAGUGUCAUGCCUCAUGUCAAUUUUCGGAUGCUCACAAAGACUCUAUUCCACAAUGUAGUCAUAAGGCUGCGCACUCUGGAAAACAUGCGUGCGAUAAAGUCAGUCAUUUGUGUGGACAGAAUUGCAGCCUCUAUGACAAACGGAACUGCCAAAAAAAAUGCUCGAAAGAGAUUGGCCAUGAAGACGGCGUUCACCUGUGUCAAUCACUCAGACAUUAUUGUGGAGCAACUUGUUCUUUGUCGACCUACACUCAAAAAGGACAUUAUCAAUGUCCAAACAAAUGCAUUAUUCCAUGCGAAGAUGAUCAUGAGAUUCACCGUUGUGAGAAUGAAAUGUGCCCAAUACCUUGCCCAAUUCCCGAAUGUCAAAGAAGAUGUCAAUCUGACGAUCACUUCCACUCAUUAUCAGAUCUUCAUGUAGAUCAUUUCUGCGGAAAUGAACACCAAUGUCAAGAACAAUGCGAACAUUCUGGUGUAUGCAAGGUGCUUACCGAGCCCAAAAAGAAUGAACAAAAAUACCAAGGAUUGAGCGGAACAUCAUUUACUUUUAUAAAGUAUACACAAGUCAGUGAAAAGUUGAAAUGCAAUAAGAAGAUUCCAUCAAACUCGUUCAAACACGAAGGGUUACAUUGCCAUAACGAGGACGGCGUUCAUUUCUGCGAUGCUCAGUCUUAUUGCGAAUUAAAACUUUUCCAUGCAUCAUUAGAUCCUUCUUUACUACCUCCCAAUGGUUGUGGAUAUGUUUCAUUGGAUGGACACCAAUUCAAUUGCGAAAACCCUGCUACAAGAGAAGCUGCAUUUCACAUCAUUUUUGUCUUGGAUCGAUCUGGAUCAAUGUUCGACACCGACAAAAGACCUCUGCAGAAUACUCCAAUUUAUAACAAUUUGGUCCUUACACAUAAUAAUCGACUCGGCGCAGUAUAUAACGCGGUCUACUCUUUUUUGGACACUCGAAUUUCAUCAUUCCGCUCAAGUGCACAUAACUCUGCAGCAACUCCACGGGAUUCUGUAUCAUUAAUACUAUUUGACCACGAAGCUUCUCUUGAGAUUGAAAAUUUACCUUUGGAUGAUCCUGACCAAUUUUUGAAUGUAAUGCUUAAGUAUUCGGCCAGAGGAGGCACAAACUUUGACCUAGCCAUUCAAAAGGCGGGAUUUGUCAUUGACCGCCAUUUUGAUCCAACAAAAUGCCCUGUCAUAAUCUUCUGUUCUGACGGGGAAUGUGGGAUUCCGGAACAUCGACUACGGCAAAUAUGCUUAAAAAAUCAGCAGAGAGGGUUGCCAAUUUAUCUUUAUACGGUUCUUUUCAGUAGUACAUUAUAUAGUCCAUCACUGGAAAAAAUGGCUGAAAUUGCAAAAUCCUACCAUCCGAAAUCCUCGACAUCGGGUGCGUUAAAAUGUCAGUUUACCCGGGCUAUUGAUGAAGUUAGCUUGAUCAAUCAUUUUACCGGAGUUGCCGAAAGCUUAAGAGAGCACAAACCGGCUUUACUUAAGAAAAAUUCUAUUUAG